AAGGUGAUUAUGCGUCAUGUAGAUCUAGGCGAGAUUUCAGCCACCAAGGUCUCGAGGUGAAUAUUUAAACCGAAGCGAAGCUGCCUCGAGCUCGUUGUCACCCUCAACCACCUCAUCAUCCGCCCAACAAUACCUGCUAUACUACCAAGAUGACCUUUGAAGUCAAGGAGAUACCAACAAAGCCGUACGAUGGCCAGAAGCCUGGUACCUCUGGACUACGAAAGAGAGUGAAGGUCUUCCAGCAGGAGCACUACACCGAGAACUUCGUUCAAUCUAUCUUCGACUCCAUUGAACCGAAGGGUGCUACCCUCGUUAUCGGCGGUGAUGGCCGUUAUUUCUCGCCAGAGACUGUCCAGACAAUCUUGAGGAUCGGGGCCGCCAACGGUGUUGCUAAAUUCAUCAUUGGACACAACGCUAUCCUUUCCACCCCCGCCGCCUCAAAUGUCAUCCGUAAAUAUAAGGCGUACGGCGGAAUUCUGCUUACUGCCUCACACAACCCCGGAGGUCCUGACAACGACUUCGGUAUCAAAUACAAUGUCUCCAAUGGUGGACCUGCACCCGAGAAUGUCACUAACAAGAUCUUCGAGAAGACCAAGACUAUCAAGUCGUACAAGGUUAUCGACCUCCCUCCCAUUGACCUCUCCAAGAUCGGCAAUUUCGAAUUCGGUCCUUCAAAGGUCGAGAUCAUCGAUUCCGUGAAGGACUAUGUCGAGCUCCUUGAGGGCAUUUUCGAUUUCCCAUUGAUUAAGACAUUCCUUCAGAAGCACUCGUCGGACUUCAAGGUGCUCUUCGACGGUAUGCACGGUGUCACCGGUCCUUACGGCCGUGCUAUCUUCGUUGACACCCUCGGACUUCCUUCGAGCUCCGUGCAGAACGACACGCCUCUUCCGGACUUUGGUGGAGGACAUCCUGAUCCUAACCUGACCUACGCUCACGAACUCGUUGACCGUGUCGAGAAGGACAGCAUUGCGUUUGGUGCUGCUAGUGACGGUGAUGGUGAUCGUAACAUGAUCUACGGCAAGGGUGCCUUCGUCACCCCCAGUGAUAGCGUGGCCAUUAUCGCUGAUUGGGCGCAGGACGCCAUUCCUUACUUCAAGAGCGGCAUUAAGGGGCUUGCAAGGAGUAUGCCCACCAGCGCGCAGAUCGACUAUGUCGCAAAGAAGAAGGGUCUUCAGUACUACGUGGUUCCCACAGGCUGGAAGUUCUUCGGCAACCUUAUGGAUGCUGGUAAACUGUCGAUCUGCGGCGAGGAGUCUUUCGGAACUGGUUCUGAUCAUAUUCGGGAGAAGGACGGCGUAUGGGCUGUUGUUGCAUGGUUGAAUAUUCUUGCCUUCGCCAACAAGGACUCUUCCUCCCUUAUCGGCAUCAAGGAGUUGCUCCAGAAGCACUAUGAGGUUUACGGUCGAUCCUUCUUCUCUCGUUACGACUACGAGGAAGUUUCUUCAGAGGGUGCCCAAAAGCUCGUCGAUGAGCUCAACAAGCACAUUUCCUCCCAAUCUCUUCUCAACACCACCCAUACCUCCGCCUCCACAAAACAAUCCUUCACUGUCAGUCAGACGUACAACUUCGACUACACCGACCCCAUCGAUGGCAGCGUAUCGAAGAAUCAAGGUCAGGUCAUUCACUUCACUGAUGGCUCCAGGGUCGUCUUCCGGUUGAGUGGAACCGGUAGCCAGGGUGCUACCGUUCGUAUGUAUGUGGAGAGGUAUGUCGCGAAAGAGAAGGGCGCCGAGGAGCUCGCGAAGGAAACUCAGGCGGGUUUGAAGGGUCUCAUUGAGGUCGCUCUUGAGCUCAGCAAGCUGAAGGAGUUCCUUGGUCGUGACAAGCCUACCGUCAUCACUUAAAUGGCUCCAGAGUCUUGUUACUGUGGCAUUUACGAUUUGAAUAAGGGACAAUUCUUCUGCAUUCGCUUCAUUUGGAGAGGAUGUAACACUUAAUAGGAAAACAAACAUAAUGAAAUCCCAUAGAUAGAAAGCAAGUAGCAAAGGAAGUGUACAAUAUAUUCGUCAUCUCUGUGAUAAAUGAUCUUGUCGAUUGAAGCGUUGCUAGGUGUUCAGAAAAGUUGUAUGUAGAAGACAAUUGCGAUUAUGAUCAGUGAGAACCAAGCGAAUGAAAGCAGAUUGGAAAGCAAGUAUGAUCGAAUCCCCUUAAUUUAAGGAUAAAAGGAGUAUCAGAAAGAUAUGACAUCAAAUCUCCUGAUACCCUCCUCGUACUCCAUCUUCAGGAC